GACCCGGGUGAGGGCUGUGCGCGCUCUGCGCGCGCCCGCUCCAGAGCAGCCUCUCGGCGCGCUCUGUCCUCGGGUCGCGGCGCCCGUCACUCUCUGGUUCUGCUGAGGCCCAGGAACCUGGCUGGGGCAGGGACUGGAGGCGCGGGACGGCGCCUGGAGCAGCUUCCCAGGGAGUCAUGGAGCUGAACACCAAGAAGAAGCUUCACGCCCUGUCCCUGGCUGAGAAGAUCCAGGUGCUGGAACUCUUGGAUGAGUCUAAGAUGUCCCAGUCAGAGGUGGCCCGGCGCUUCCAGGUCUCACAGCCCCAGAUCUCACGGAUCUGCAAGAAUAAGGAGAAGCUGUUGGCAGACUGGUGCAGUGGCACAGCCAACCACGAGCGGAAGCGGAAGCGUGAAUCCAAAUACAGUGGGAUCGAUGAGGCUCUACUGUGCUGGUACCACAUUGCCCGAGCCAAGGCCUGGGAUGUAACGGGGCCCAUGUUGCUCCACAAGGCCAAGGAACUGGCCGAUAUCAUGGGCCAGGAUUUCGUGCCUAGCAUUGGCUGGCUGGUCCGCUGGAAACGUCGAAACAAUGUGGGCUUUGGGACUCGCCAGGUCCUUGUCCCUCUGUUCCCUCCUGAAGCUCCUCCUGCAGUUCUCCCAUCUCAGGCCCAGCCACCUCUUUCUCUUAAAGACUUCUCACCAGAAGAUGUUUUUGGCUGUGCUGAAGUACCCUUGUUGUAUCGCGCGGUGCCUGGCAGAGUGUUUGAAUGUGAUCGGUUGCAAGUACUGUUAUGUGCCAACAGCAGAGGCACAGAAAAGCGAAGGGUAUUUGUGGGUGGGCUCCAGGCGGCCCCAAGAUGCUUCUUUGGGGUGAGCAGUGAGGCACUGCCUACCUCUUAUCACCCUGACCUAGCCAUUCCCUGGUCAGAGUGGCUGGCACAGUUUGACCAGGACAUGGGACAGCAGGGCCGACAGGUAGCCUUGCUACUGGCUUCUGGAGUGGUAGAGGAAUGGGCCAGCCUUCCUGGACUCCAUCACGUUCGACUCCUGCCUCUCUCUGCCUCCAGCACCACUCCUUCCCUGCCUGGCUCUGUGAUUUUGGCCUUUAAGGCCCAUUACCGUCACCGUCUACUGAGCAAACUGGCUGCCAUGCAGAGUGGGAAAGAGGGCACCUCCCUGGCGGAGGCCAGGGCUAGCAUCACAGUUUUGGAUGCUCUGCACAUGGUGGCCGCAGCUUGGGCCAAGGUACCUCGCCAGCUCAUUUUGAGCAGCUUUGUUCAAGAAGGGCUCGCUCCGGGCAAAACACCACUGUCCCUGGACAAAGACACUGAGAUGUCACCAGUCCCUAGUGGGCUGAGCCAAGAGGAGUUUUCUCACUUUGUGGACCUGGAGGAUGAGGACCCAGGGCCUAGAGUGUGCAAAGAGGAGACGGGUACUGAAGACAGUGGGAGGGAAGAAGAUGGCUUUGAGCCCCUGCCCACCAAAGCCGAUGCCCUGCAGGCACUGUGCACCCUGAGGAGGUGGCUUGAAUGCAACAGUGCCUCUCCAGAACUCUUUGAGAAAUUCUAUGACUGUGAGGUGGAGGUGGAGCAGCUCUGCUGUCUGUGAGGAGGCAUAGCUGCCUAUUAGUCUCCCUCUCCUGUUUCCCAUGGAAACGCCUCUCCAGAGACAGACUGGCUCUUUCCUGUGGAAAUAGUAUGUGGAGGGUGUAGAAGGGAAGGAAGUUGGAACACAAAGUCUAAGGUCAGAGUAAAAGUUGUUCAGGCCUAGAGUUUCUACGGAUGGGGCCUCAAGAGUGGAAAGCUGGGCUGUGUAGCUUCUAGGCCCUGGAGAAACUUCUAGAGCUUUGUGGAGAGUUAGUCUAAAUAGGGUAGAACCUAGAAAGGUGGACCGACUUCCUUUUUUUGUUUUUUGUUUUUUUUUUUUCUUUGAGACAGGGUUUCUCUGUGUAGCCCUGGCUUUCCUGGAACUCACUUUGUAGACCAGGCUGGCCUUGAACUCAGAAACCCGCCUGCCUCUGCCUCCCAAGUGCUGGGAUUAAAGGUGUGCACCACCAUCGCACAGCAUGGACAGACUUCCUAACAGUGGCCCCAUUCCUUGAAUUUUUGUGUCAAAACCAAUUCUGCUUCAGGAAAUAAAGUUUUUAGCCACAAAGUCA